UACCCAAUCACGUGACAGUUCAGUCAAAAUGGCGAGUGCAUCCAACAUGGAAGAGACAGUUGAUGGUGCGACGGUUCUGGCGAGGGCUCUUAAAGCCCAGGGUGUGGAGUACAUGUUUGGCAUAGUUGGAAUUCCUGUCAUCGAGAUCGCUGGUGCAGCACAAAAAGAGGGAAUCAAAUAUAUAGGCAUGAGAAAUGAACAAGCGGCUUCCUAUGGUGCUUCUAUCAUUGGGUAUAUGACAGGAAAGCCUGCAGUUUGUCUGGUCGUGUCUGGACCGGGGUUGGUGCAUGCUUUGGCAGGACUGUCAAACGCCAAGGAAAACUGCUGGCCAGUAAUUGUGAUUGGUGGAUCUAGUGAACAAGACCAGGAAGCUAUGGGAGCCUUCCAGGAGUUACCUCAGGUGGAAGCUGCAAGACCAUAUUGCAAGUUUUCUGCAAGACCCAACAGUAUAGAAAGAAUCCCCUUCUUUGUGGAAAAGGCCUACCGCCAGAGUAUAUAUGGCAGACCUGGAGCUUGUUACCUCGACAUUGCUGGCAACAUGGUGAACGCUACAGUAAAUGAAAAGGAUGUAUGGUCCUCGAUUGUCUGUCCCUCUCCUCCAAAGAGUCUUGCUGAUCCAGACAGUAUAAAGCUUGCUGCAGACUUACUGUACUAUGCUGAGAAACCUUUGGUUGUAGUGGGCAAAGGUGCAUCCUAUGCUCAUGCUGAGGAAGCUGUACAGGAGUUGGUGAUAGGUGGACAACUCCCUUUCCUGCCGACUCCAAUGGGUAAAGGGGUCAUACCAGAUGACCAUGAUCUUUGUGUAGCUCCUGCAAGGUCAAGAGCUUUGCAAGAGGCUGAUGUUAUCCUUCUUCUUGGCGCUCGUCUAAACUGGAUGUUACAUUUCGGGAUGCCACCAAGAUUUCAUCCAAAAGUUAAAAUCAUUCAGGUUGACGUCUGUCAUGAGGAAAUGAACAACAACAUCAAGGCUGCCGCCACGCUCGUCGGCAGUCUAGACACCGUAGUGAACCAGUUAAAUGAGGAAAUUGCUAGACGUCCAGGUAAAUUUGCUUUCAGCAAGGCUGCCCCGUGGUGGAAAACUUUGAAAGGAAAAAUUCAACAGAAUCAACAAAGUGUACAGAAAAUGAUGUCCGACAAGUCUGUUCCUCUGAAUUUCUAUGCUGCAUAUGAGGAUAUCCAGAAGCUGCUGCCAAAAGAUUGUAUCAUUGUUAGUGAGGGUUCGUCCACCAUGGACAUCAGUAGGACUAUGAUCCCAAACUACCUCCCAAGACACAGGCUGGAUGCUGGAACCUACGGUACAAUGGGUGUCGGUCUAGGCUUUGCUGUGGCUGCUGCUAUUUGGUGUAGAGAUCACGCUCCGGAAAAACGAGUUGUCUGCAUACAAGGAGAUAGUGCAUUUGGAUUCUCAGGAAUGGAAAUAGAAACUCUCUGCAGAUAUAAACUACCAGUGAUCAUCAUUAUUAUGAACAACAAUGGGAUUGGUUUUGGUUUGGAUGACGACACUUGGCAGUCUCUAACUGAGGAUUCUGACCUCACUCUGACCUCUCCACCCACGUCACUCAUGGCCACAGCGCAUUAUGAGAAGAUGAUUGCAGCAUUCGGAGGAACUGGAUACUUUGCGCGUACCCCAGAGGAGAUAAGUAAAUGUGUCGGUGCUGCCAUGAGUAAACAGGAAGUUUCCAUUGUAAACGUCAUGAUCAACCCCAUGUCCUUAAAGAAACCUCAGGAUUUCUUCUGGCUGACAAAGUCCAAGAUAUAAUGAAAUGAUUUUUCCGGCCAUACACUAACAUUUUUAUUGUUAUAUGUCAUUAUCUGUAUAUAUGAUACGGGUAAACAAUGUAAUAAGCUCCCAGACAUUCAUUAGUGUAAGAAAUAUGGAUUUGUCUUCAAAAACAAUCAACAUUAUUUAAUUUGGAACUUUUUAAUUACGUAGGAGUAGCAUUCUAUUAAUGUCUACUCAAUUUUAUACAAACCUUUGUCUCAAAAAAUGUACAUAUACAUGUAUAUUGUUUUUAUAUACAAAUGGUACAUGGAUGUAAUAAUGUAAUUAUAAUGAGCACUGAUAUAAACAAAUUUGAAAUGAAAAAGCCACCUGAACAGAUUGUUGUAUAUGUUUUAUUUAUCUUUUAUAAAAAAAUAAAUUUAAGACAAUUAAAAAACAAAAUGUUAAUUGAUAUAUACAUAUUAUACUUGUAAUAAGCAGUUAUGCAUGCAGGAACCUGUGGUGUGUUUCAGUUUGUGAUGGUAUUUACACAGUGAGGAUUAGAAUGAAUUGUUUAUAAAAAUUAAAAGACUCCAAAUGUUAGUCAUUGUGUUUGCUAGAUUGUUACUUACUUUAUGUAAAUUUAGUUAUGUAUCAUCAAAAUUGUUCUUUUCUGUGUAAUUAUAAUGUAAAAAGAUAAUAGAUGAUACAGCAUAGUUAUGGAAAUUGCGAUUACGUUAACAUUAAGAUUGAAAAUUUAGAAUUAACAAACUUACAUCAAAGUGUUUAUUAAUUAUCGGAUUCCUGUUAAUUAGGGAAGUAACCAAGAUAAAUCCUUGGAUUUGCAAUUGUAUUUGAAUCCUUUUUUAUAUGAAACAUAUUAUUUAAUAGGAAAAUUCCCCAUUUUCCAUCAUUAUGCCACGGCCUAUGCACUGUAAAUGUCUUUAAACAAGGACGUACUGUACAGCUAUAGUUACCAAAUCAAACUCAAGUCUGAUGUUCACUAUCAAGUUGUAUACAGCUUUUUUAGCUUACUUUUAGAAGGUUUUCAAACUUUUGUUGAAUUUUUCUUAUCAUAUAUGUAAAUAUAAACUUUAUUUAGUUUACCUUGAUUGCAAAAUAAGUCAUACCAACUAAUAUUGAUCAAGCUAGUUUGUCUUGAUUGAAGUUUGGGAGGGGUCUUAAUGUGGGAGGAAAACGGAGAAACAAAGUGAAAGGCAAAUUUUAAUGUGUUACCACUAUGCCCUGCGUACACCCAAACUUUCGAAUAGAAAUAAGAUUUUAUUUUAUUUUUUGUGAAGCUUGACCAAUCUUGUCACAAACGUUCUUAUUUAAUGAAUGUUUUGUGUUCAAUAAGUGUGAGUGUGGUUGUGUGCAUUUUUGGUACUAUAUGGUAUGGGAGUGUAUUUGAAAUGAUUGGAAACAAAUUUAUUGAAAGUAACUGUGAUAUUUUAUAUGAAACACAAAAUUUACUUGAGAAUCAUUGUGUAAUAUAUACUAAUUGAUCAUCAUAGGAUAUAUUAGCAAUUAUAACACAAGAUAUCAGAAAUUGUGAGUAUGAUUAUUACGCUUGUAUAUUUAAGAAAUAAUUAACGAUGAUUCGUGUAUUGUUGCAGGAUAUACAACGAGGACGAGGAUAUUUUGCAAUUAAUUAAUA